GUGCGCAGUCACCUGUACACCGUGAAUGCAUAUCCUGACUUUACUCUGAACUCUCACUUUGCUCAGCAGAUUGGGGAAAUCGCAGAUGCUACUGAGAACAAUCAAACACGCCUAGCAACUUAUCUAUCAAAGAAACUCAUACUUGAUUAUGUCAGUCAGAAAAGUCUUCUGUCUCUGCAUCAGCAGGCAUUCACUUUUUUAGAUUAUUUUGAGAGCACUCAAAAUAAUCUAGUGGCUAUAGACCGGUCUGGUGUGCCACUGCACUAUUUCCUCAAUCCAUCUAUGUUUCCUGAUCUUCCAGUUCCAACUUUACAUAAGCUUGCCCUUUCAGUCCAACAGGCUGCAGUGCGUUACUACAACAUAAACACCAUUCCAGGAUGUGUAGAUCCAAAUUCCCCAAAUUUUAACUUCCAAGCCAAUGUGAACAGCAAAUCUUGUGAGGAGCCAGCCACAAAUCUGACCUUUGGUGGUGUUUACCAAAUAUGCACUCCUUCGGCAGAUGGAAAUGUCAUCUGUGACGAGCUUGCACAAAAAAAUCCAAAUACUGGUGAUUAUACAUGCCGCCAACCGUACACUAGCUUUUUGUUAGUCUCUGAGACAGUAGAGCAGGUUUACAGUAAAUCUAAGUGUUAUAAGAAAUGUCAUUCAUGCUGGUUAGUUUUGGAUUGUUGUAAACAUGUAUGUGAAAAUGUUUACUUUGUCCGUAAGGCACAAAUCAACACUUACUGGUGUUCCACAAGUCAGACAGUCCCUCAAUACUCUGGAUACCUUUUUGGAGGUCUAUUUGGACCAUCUUUUCAAAACCCACUAACCAAAUCUCAUGACUGUCCUCCAAAUUACUUUGCACAAACAUUUUUGACUAAUGGUAUGAGGAUUUGUCUGAGCAAUGAUUACGAGGCAGGAACAGUAUCUUCUGUGCCAUUUGGGGGUUUCUUUAGCUGUCGAUCUGGCAACCCUCUUGCAGGGGACCAAUACCGUUGUCCACCUCAGUACAGCCAACACCUUGCUGCCAUUAGCGAUGGUUGUCAGGUAUUGUAUUGUGUCCAAUCAGGUGAGUUUACUGGUGGCCAGUUAAAACCUAUUCACCUCCCACCAUUCACAAGACCACCUCUGGUCAACAUGAUGGCGACAAACACUGUAGCUGUGAUGACAGAAUGUGAUCGGGCCUGGCUGAGGGUUGGAGAAACAAAAAAAUGGAGACUGUCAAAACCUGGUGAAGUCAAUCAAAUGGUCGGAACGUUCGAGACAUUCUCUACCCAGAUGUCAGGAGGUGAAAAGGCUGGACUGGUCUGUGGUGUAAUGACUUUUAUCGCAAUUGUGGUGGCAGGUAUUGUCAUCUUAGUGAAACGCAGAAGGACUUUUUCUAACUUUGUGUCAAGAAGGGGGUAUGAAGAGAUACACUGUGAUGGCCAAAGUGGUGUAGAAAGUCAUACAGAGAAACAGAAUACAAAUGAAAACCCCACUCAACCUCUGCUGCCUUAG